ACUACCCCCGCGCGCUUCCCCACUCGGCACUCAUCAUCUCAGCCAUCCAUCCAUCAAUCCAUCCCUAAUUAUAGCCAUGUCUCUCCUCCCCAACUGAUAUAAUACCAUUACCAUUUCCAACCCAAUACAGCAAAAAAAAGAAAAAGAAAAAAGAGCCCUCAUCGGAUUUCACGCGGAGAGAGAGAGAUCAGGGAAUAAUAUAUUUAGUACUAACCAACACUGUUCUGUUCUUUUCUGAUAUUUAUUUUCCCUUGAGAAAAAAGAAAUUCCAUCUUCUGCCUCAGGUCAGGUCAGUAGCUGCCUGCCGGCCUGCCAGCCAUUAUUUACCUUCAUCCAACCCCCUACCGUUCAUUCAUCUCCCUGUCCUGCCUCUGCUCCCAAACCUAGCCCCUGCCCCAGUUGAGUGAGUAUCUGGUUACAUAUGUUGUAAUUGCAUUACAUGUAGCAGCAGUACGUAGUAUAUAGAUGGAGCAACAGUUACGCUGGAAGAGGAAUAGGCUGAGGUUCACCAUAAGCAGCAGCACCAGGAGCCCUCUGCUUUCCCCAACUAAUUUGUUGGUCUUCCUAAUCCUCCUCAUUUUUGCCAUCUCUGGAAUCAACAGUAGCGGCAGGAUACCAUGUUCUUCAUCAUCAUCAUCAUCAUCAUCAAUAACAGGUGGAGACAAUUUGUGUUCGUUGGCGGGUAAAGCUCAGCGGGAUCAUCAGGAAGUUGAUGAUGAGGAGAUUAGAGAGGCAAAGAUGGAGAUGGAGGAACAAGGAGCAGAAGUGGAAUUCGAAUUAGCAGCUGGAACUGCUACGAAUAAUAAUAAUAUUGAUACUGAUGAUAUAGGAAGGAUGGGGAUAGGGGGAAUAGCUGGAAUGAGCAUCAGCAGCAGGCGGAAUUUGGGGGGCCCAGGGUCGUCCCCGCCCAGGUGCACGUCAAAGUGCGGCAAGUGUACUCCCUGCAAACCUGUCCAUGUGCCGGUGCCGCCGGGGACGCCAGUGACGGCUGAGUACUACCCCGAGGCUUGGAGGUGCAAAUGCGGCAACAAGCUCUACAUGCCUUGAUGACUCGAGAUGAGAUGAGAGAGAGACGACACAACCCAUUAUCUUCAAUUUCCAUCUCGUCCGCGACCUCCUCCAACUCCACUUCCAUUCCAAUCCAUGCAUGCAAAUUAAUCAUCAAUCAAAUGAAUUAUACAAUAUAUAUUAUAUAUUCCCUCCCUCCCUCCCUCCUAAAUAUUUUUUAGGAUAUGUCGUCAUUAAUUAAUUAUUAUCAUCCUACAUAUAUAUAUAUAUAUAUACAUACAUACACAUAUAUGAUUAUUAUUAUUGUUAUAAUUAAGCGAAAUCUGCGCUAGCUGCGGCGGUGACUUCCAUGGCGCUUCGUUUGUCCUGCUUCUGCUGCUGCUGCUGCUGCUGCCGCCAGUAGUACCGUACUGCAUCUGCAUGCAUGCACUUAGUCAGCUCGAAGCUAAGCUAGCUAGUCACUAGAAAAGAGAGUGAGUAUAUACACAUAUGUAUAUAUUUAUGUAUUAGUAACUUAGUAAGCUAGAUAGACUUGACUGGACCGGAUAGAACAUGUUUCUCUUUUCUCCCUCUUCUUCAAUUUCUGGCUCUGCUUUGGCCUUUUUAUCUGUUUUCUACUUUUGUUACUUCUUGUACUGUAGUGGAGUGAGCAUAUUGUGUGUCCGUCUAUUAUUUAUCAUGUGCAAAAUGUGUGUGUGUAUAUAUAUAUAGGAGAGUAGACCGCAUAAAAUCAUAUAUCUAUAUAUAUGGUCGAAGUUGACACUAAUUCGAUGACUAGAUAUUAUAAGACAAGACGGGAGUUUCAAUUUCUCUGUCACUUUUUACUGUUAUCUAUGGAUGAAUUAAUUCAUAGCGAAUUAUAAAAUUUUACAGCCGGUUAGAAUAGAAGGAAGUUUGUGCCGCU